GAGAGAGAGAGAGAGGCGAGCGCGGGGGAAUUCCUUGGACGCGCAGGCCCGGAGCUACAAGGCUUUCGGUUUCUCCUCGGACCGGCCGAGGCUUGAGGUCCUCUUCGCCAUGAGGCUGCGCGUGCGGCUUCAGAGGCGGACACAGCAGCUGGAGGUGCCGGACGCAGAGCCGACGCUCGGGCAGCUGCGCGCGCAGCUCAGCCAGGUCCUGCUCCCGACUUGGGGGUUCAGUUCUGAUACCCGAUUUGCAAUUACCCUGAACAACAAGGAUGCGCUCACUGGAGACGAAGAGACCUUGGCUUCAUAUGGGAUUGUUUCUGGGGACUUGAUAUGUUUGGUUCUUGAAGAUGACAUGGCGGCACCUAACUUACCUUCAUCUACAGAUUCAGAGCAUUCCUCACUGCAGAAUAAUGAGCAACCUUCUUUGGCUGCCAGUUCAAGUCAGGCUAACAUCCCAGAUGAACAAUGGAGCGAUUCAUCCCAAGGACAGGCCACCCAGUUCCAUGCCUGGACUGAUGACAGUAUGGAAGGGCCUAGUCAGAAUGUUGAAGCCGAGUCAGUUCAGGAUGCCAUGGAUAUGGAAGAGGUUUCUGGUUUCCAUCCAUCGGAACCAAUGCUCUGCAGUGAAACAGAGGAGGGGCAGGUGCCACAUUCUCUAGAGACUCUGUAUCAGUCAGCCGGCUGCUCCAACACCAGUGAUGCCUUGAUAGUGCUGGUCCAUCUCCUCAUGGUCGAGUCGGGCUACAUACCUCAGAUGACUGAAGCCAAAGCAGCGUCCAUGCCGCAGAAGUGGAGGUCAAGUGGGGUGUACAAGCUGCAGUACAUGCAUCCUCUGUGUGAGGAGGGCUUCGCCAUGCUCACCUGUGUGCCUUUGGGAAACCUAAUCAUUAUAAAUGCUGCAAUAAAAAUCGACGGUGGAAUUAAGAAUGUGAAAUCAGUGCAGCUGCAGCCAGCGUCCUAUGUUAGUGGAGUGGAACCAGGGGAAAGUGCAGCCAAAGUAUACAAAGACCUUAAGAAGCUCUCCCGUCUGUUCAAAGACCAGCUGGUGUACCCUCUUCUGGCUUUCACGAGACAAGUGCUGAACCUUCCAGAUGUAUUUGGGCUGGUCGUCCUUCCGUUGGAGCUGAAGCUACGCAUCUUCCGACUUUUGGAUGUUCAUUCUGUCCUGGCUCUAUCUGCAGUCUGUCAUGACCUCCUUAUCGCAUCCAAUGACCCACUGCUAUGGAGAUGUUUAUAUCUGCGGGAUUUUCGAGAUGGUGCUGUCAGAGGUCCAGACACAGAUUGGAAAGAAUUGUAUAGGAAAAGGCACAUACAAAGAAAAGAGGCUCCGAGUGUGCGAUAUGAGAUAUUCCUGCCGCCGACAGGCCACCACACCCCAUUCUGUCCCCUCUACCCGAGGGCCUACAUUCCCACCACGCUGCUUCCUCCAGGAAUCAUUGGUGGUGAAUACGAUGAGAGGCCAAUACUGCCCAGUGUUGGGGACCCGGUCACCUCACUCAUCGUAAGGCCUGGGGAGCUACCUGCCUAUUUUCCUCCACUCAGACCACAUUUUGAUCCUGUGGGCCCACUUCCAGGGCCUAACCCCCUCUUGCCAGGAAGAGGUGGCCCCAACAACAGACUUCCCUUCAGACCCAGCAGGAGGGGUAGGUCAACUGACAGCCGGCUACCAUUCAUGUGACCAGUUUGGAGACUGUACUGAAACCGUGGAUGCUGUUUCCUCGGAUGCCGAUCUCUACUGUCAGUUUCUGAUUCUGAAGGCACCAAGCACAAGGUUGCUCAAAGCUGGGUUAGCUUUGGGAAUAGGUGACUGGUGGUCUCCCCACUCUGGAGUCACCUCUGAGAUGAAGCUUAUGGAACUGAUAAUGUUCUGUGCUAAACUAAUAAAAGUAAAAAUUAAUGGUGGUCUUGACUUUCAGUAAAGACAUAGUAGUCACACCUUAUGGAAACUAUCAGGGUAGUUCUUAGUGUGAGGGGAUGAUCGAGCACAGGAAAUGUCUGUUUUUGUUUCUCAGCAGGGCUCAUUCAGUGAAAGCUCAGGUGAUGUCAUGAUAAAAACUGAGCUGGUCUGCUUGAACUUGGAAGUGGAUCCACCCUUUCCUUUCUUAGCAGCAUUUCCGGAUUCUACGAGGAACUUUUAGGGCUUGGAAGACCUUUGGGCUGACUCAUAACCACGAGGCCCCCCACCCCCUUGUGUCUUGUUGUCUAGGGUGGUA